AUGGUACGAGUAUGCUGGAAACUCUCUCUGGUUGUUACCGUCGUGAUUUACACCUUGGCCCACUGUCGGCUGUGUGACUCCGACCUCACAAACAGAACCAAGCCAGACUACUACUUUAUCACACCCCAACAAUUCUGCUACGACAAUAACUACGUUGGAAUUGCAAGCUAUCCAGAAGGUACUGCGUUAAUGGUUCAAUGGGUCGCGGCGACGGAAAACAACAUCUUGACACUGGCGCAGAUCAACGCCACGGAUCCCAUACGUCAAAUCGAGUCGAACAUAGGAACCACGUACGCUUGGGAUGGCUGUCUGCCCUCAGACGUUAGCCUUAGCAACGGCAACACUUUCAACUUCCUUCUCUACAACUCUAGCGGAUGGAUUUGUUCUUCUGACUUCUUCAACAUCUCCGCAAGCAAUGUGUGUGCCCAGCGUGCAGCCUCUAGCUCAUCUUCAGCCAUUGCAGCAACAAGCUCAACUUCCAGGUCGUCAGUUUCGAGCCCAAGCCUGCCUUCUGGACUAACAUUCACGGCUGGUUUUGAUACAACUGGUACUGCUGCCACGACCCCAACAACUCACAUAGCAUCCGAAGACAGCGGCGAUGAUCACAGCCGUCUAAGUGGCUCUGCCAAGAUUGGUAUUGGUGUCGGCGUCGGCAUUGGUGCACUGCUCGCCAUGCUCGGUGCAGCGUUCUUCUUCCUGAGUCGUGGGCGGAACAAAACUCACACAGCAGGCUUAGGUCAUGCCCCACCCUACAAGGAUCAGAAAGUGCAACAACACAGCGACAACGCUCCGCCUCCCUUUUCGCAGCACUGCCAGUCUGGACCUAGCCCAGUCUAUGGGCAAUCUGUAUAUAGUGUGCAGGAAGCUCCUGGAGACCUAUCUUUUAAGCCUAUAUCGAUGGAUCAAUUUCCACGCGAGAUAGACAGUUCCAUACGGUAG